AUGACUUCCUCACGAGUUGCCGCUUCUCGACUGCUUGCUCCUGGAACUCCUGAUUGGGAUAAGUCGAUGGUCGCGGCUAUCCAAAGCUGCAACGCAUCAAGGACCAAGGUCACAUACGAAAAAUGGAAAAUCGGUGACCCUGAGGGCCCAGACAUGACUGUGCUUGGCAGAGGCCAGGUUGACCGCGCCACGGCGGCCAAGUGGAAGGUAGCCGUGGAGGUACACCAGCCUGACGUUUACGGCUGGCCCCCCAAGAACACCAGACUUUCUGACGGGUGGCUAGUACUUGCCAUCAUCUACCUGAACGUAAAGGAGAGAGCAACUCGCUGGCCAGCCGACUUCGAGCUAAACGGCAACGUGAGAAAAACAAGGGUUCCCGUCGGCCGUCCAGUGGUCGCCGAAGUCAACGGUCAACGUUGGACGGUGGUGUUCAAGGGCUACUACGCUAUGAUCGGAGAACGAGAAGCCGAAAAGAAUUCAUGGUUGGUUAACGUGUAUCCAGGUGGUGGCCCUUCCAAUAGACUCCAAAUCGGCGCGAUCCGAGCAUUAGAUGACGGACCAGGAAGACAAACACCUAUCCAGUACGGCACUUUACCAUGUGUCCAAGCGCAACGACCUCCACUUGACUUCACACCGUUCGAACAAUUUGUCCGCUCUAUGCCGGGUACUACAAGCGUCGCUGAACUAGGACGGCACGAAGGCAAGGAAUUGCGAUGGGUAAAAGACAGGCAGCGGGCGAUAAAGGAAUUGGCCGGACAGACGCAGACAAGCAACGUCGACCUGACAAGUACAACACCGACCGAGUCGGGAUCUGUGAAGUCACAGACGCCUUCUCCGUUGGAAAAGUUGAAAAGAUUUAACGACCUUGUCUGGAAGGAAACAAAAAAUACUUUCGGUGUGUUAAAGAGCAAAAGGGAUACUGAGGUGCUCGAACUGAAGAAAAAAUUGGAGGAGGCAAACAAGGAGCUUCUGGCGAAACAACAUCGUAUCGAUACCCUAGAGGAAGCACUUGGAGGACUUGAUUACCCUUUCGAAUAA